GGAUGAUGUCCUGUGCUGCCUCGAAAUCUACACUCAAGAGAACAUAUUCAGGCACACAAGUCUGUUGGGGUGCUUCAUGUCAGAAGUCGGGGAGCGAAUUGAUCACCUGCAUAUACUCAGGCUGGCCCAACAGCAGAGGGGGCUUCUGAAAUUCCUUUACCUCCCCCCUUCCUACCCACUAUGUUUGCAGGACGCGCUACUCUCUCCGCUGCGGCAUCGUGGUGCAUGUGUGUCUCGACGUCGGCAUUGCUUCUGUCGUUCUUUUCUCCCGUCGUCUGCGCUGUCUGUCACGCGCCAUCCGAUUUGACUCCGUCCGCCCCCGCUACUCCGGCAUACCAUCGUUGAUGGCAGUGAGCGGCGGCAUUCGCGCAAUAUGUGUCUCUCAUGAUCGCUGACCGUGCUGCGUUUGCGCUACGGUCGAUCUACAGCCGAUCCUCCUCACGGUCGUCGACUUCAAGCUCGCGGGGUGCGAGGGUGUCGGACUGGUCAACGCGAGAGAUCCUCUUGUUUUUUGUCACGUUCCGUCAUCAAAUUUAUUCCGGCGACGAGAGACGAGAGAGCUGGAUGCUCGUCAUGGGAUAGUAGGGUCUGCGCCAAGAUGCCAGGAAGUCGUGCGUAGUAUGGUUCUCUACUUGCAGGAAUUUACCGGCGACAUACCGUUUGUCCCGGCCAGAAAAGAGUGCCGCUGUUCCAUUCCCCGCUAACAUGCGAAAAGCAAUGUCUAAAGAAAUUUUACCUGCAGAAUCGCUUCCUAUCUUUUUGGCGGCUCGGGGCCGGCUGUGUGUCGUUAGUUCUUUUUCUGCUGCUUCUCUUUGUUUGAGACACUUUACUGCAGAGCGGUCCUGAGACGACUCAGACGAGUAAUAUCUUGACAUAGAAGCCAACUGCCCGUCCACUCCUUUCUUUCGGUGGGACAUCCUGUUUGUUCAGCGAUGUUCAGCCGAUUGUCAUAAUGCUGCUGUUGAUAUUUUUUAUUUGCAUCUUCGAGCCUUUUAUGGUUCGGUCUCUCGCUGUCUUUGCUUUUUUCUGAUCUCAUCUGCAGGCCAGUUUCCGUCCAGGAUUCUCCACAUCCACUCCUUCAUCC